CCAACACAAACAUGAAGAAAGAGAAGAAGAUGAAGUAAAACGAUUCUGCUCUUUGGUGUCUUGUUCCUCCAAAUAUGUAACACAUUGCGGACACACUCUCUGCUUUAACUGUCAUUACCUGCAUACCAUGGCGGAUUAUCAGUUUCUGUUGGACGUGGGAAUCUCGGCCGAAAAGGACGGUUGCUGUUUGUGUUGCUCUUGUUGUUAUUGUAGCUAGCGCUACUGUUAGCUAAAUUAGCUAACAUUGCUGUCUUCGCUCUCAGGAGCUGAGGUUGAUUCAUUGCUGCGGGGCAGUAAACCAAUGUUUAUGUUACGCUUCUUAACUCGUUACGUAAUUGGCCUAGCCAGCAUUUGAGGCAAGGUUAGUGCACGAUAUGCUAACGUUAUUUGACAAGUUAACGCUAACAUCUGUGUGCUUUAGAAGAAGACUCUUCAAUUAAAAUGUUAUUAUUAGUUAGCUAAAACACCGAAUGGUGCCAGCAGCGUAAGCUUUAACGUUAACUAACUUAGUUGGCGUUAUUGCUGUCUGUAUGUUUUGAGAUGGAGCAGCAGGAAGCAGCCAGUGGGAUGGCUCUAAUUCCUCAUACCACAUCUGUCUGAGUUGUGCGUCUCUGAAAGAGAAAUCAUGUCUUGCAAAGCCGCAACCAAGGACAAGAAGUCGAGCUUCAGCAAGAAGCUGUUCAGGCGAGGCUCAGUGCGCUCUGUGGGCAGUUUCAUGAGCAGAGUCCUGAGGACACUGACAGCGUUAUCCCACUUUGGAUCUGAAGUGCAAACAGAGGACGACAAAGACGAUGGAGGAUUUUCCACGUUUAAAUCUGGAAGUAAAGAUGUGCACAUGGAUGAUGGGGACCUCGGAGGUUUCCUGUCUGGAGAGAGAGUUCCUGGAGUGUCAGGUCUCAAAAACCACGGGAAUACCUGCUUCAUGAAUGCAAUUUUGCAGUGCCUCAGUAACACCGAACUCUUUGCGGAGUACCUCGUUUUGGAGCACUAUAAAGACGAGGAGCUGGAUGAGGACAAACCAAAGACAAAUGGCAUACAUCUGCAGAAGAAGGGUCCUCUGGCCAAAGGAGAGGUUACAGAGCAACUGUCAGGACUUGUCCGGGCAUUAUGGACGUUUGAGUACACCCCCCAGCAUAGCAGGGAUUUCAAGAAUGCUGUGUCAAAAAAUGAUCCCCCGUACAACCACCAAGCAUCCAGUCAGGGCACCAACAGGAGAGAGAUGCCAGCUGGCGCCAACCUCUCCCACCCCCCCUCCCCGCAGCCAGGGAGACCACAGACCCCCACCUACAGCUACACUGUGACCCACACUGCACGUUCACCACCGGACAGAAACGAAGCAGUAACGAAGCUCUUUUAUUGA